GUUUUAUCCCAGAGCCCUGAAGGAGCCGCUAGCCAGGAGGGGAAAGGCGCAAUAAUAAAAGGGAAUGCAGCUUGACAAAACAGCACUGUGAGGGCGUCACGUAGCAACCUACGGUAGCCUAAAAUCGUAAAGCAAAACCUCCGGGAUUUUAUACAGAAGACAAUAAUACUCGUUAAUCUAUAGCGAUGGCUUGAUUUGAUCGGUGGGUUUUCUGUAAAGGCACGGCCAGGGCUCGUGCCUUCGAGAUGCACGGUGGCUCCUGCUGCCGCCAAUCGCUGCAACACGCCACGGAAACCGCAACCGGCCCGGUUCUAUCAUGGCUUUCAAACGGAGAGCGAGGAGGAUGCGGCUAGGGCUGGGGCGCUAUCGGGUGGGGCCCAUGUGGCUCUGGAAGGCCCUGCUGGUGUUCGUGGCCAUCGCCUUCGCAGGACAGUUACUGGGGGUCAUCUUCAACAAAAGCCUCCAGCAGGACAGGUCGCGGUCGCUGUUCUCAUCCGACGGCCAGGGCCCGCCUCUGGGCUCCUGUCGGCCCCACAGCCACGUCAUGUUCCUGAAGACCCACAAGACAGCCAGCAGCACUGUUCUCAACAUGCUUUACCGAUACGGAGAGGAGAGGGAUCUGUUCUUCGCCCUGCCUCUGGGGUACCAGUUUGGCUACCCGCUCCCCUUCAACGCACACAGGGUCAAAGGUUAUAGAGGGCCCCACGUGGCCGAGUUCAGCAUUAUGGGAAACCACAUGCGCUUCAACAAACCAGAGGUAGAGAAGGUGAUGCCAGUGGACACCUUUUACUUCUCUAUCAUGCGUGACCCCGUAGCGCUGGCCGAGUCGUCCUAUGCCUAUUACAAAGCUGUUGCCCCUGCCUUCAAGAAGGCCAAAGGCCUGGGAGACUUCGCCGACAACCCCAGGAAGUACUACGACCCCCGUCUCCGUAACAACCACUACGCCCGCAACCUGCUCUGGUUCGACUUCGGCAUGGACCACAACGCCAACUUCUCGACCACACUGGCCCGAAGAGGCGAGGUGGCCGUCCGACGCGCCUUCAAACUCAUCCUGGUCUCUGAGCACUUUGACCAAUCCAUGGUCCUGCUGCGCCACGCCCUCUGCUGGCCGCUGGACGCCAUCGUCUCCUUCAGUCUCAAUGCCCGCCAGCAGAAGCCCAGCGGAGGCAGCUCCUGGGUGGGUAAAGUGGCUGCUGCGCAGCCCCCCGCUCUGGCUCUAACAGACGACCAACGUCUAAAGCUCCGCGAGUGGAACGCCCUGGACUGGCACCUCUACCAGGCCUUCAACCGCUCCUUCUGGAACGAGGUGGAUCGCUUCGGGAGAAUUAGGAUGGACCAGGAGGUCGCUCUUCUCCGUACCCGCCGGGAUGUGCUGGCCCGGGCCUGCCUAAGGGACGGCGGGAGACCUGUGGAGGCCAGCCGCAUCCGCGACAAGACCAUCAGGCCCUUCCAGAGCGGCUUGGUGAAGAUCCUGGGAUAUGAGCUCCAGCCUGGGCUGGACAACGCUACUCAUCAGUCCUGUCUGAGGAUGAUCAGGCCAGAGAUCCAGUAUAAGGACUUGCUGGACGCCAGGCAGUUCCCCAGGGCUGCUCCCCAGGCUGCCCAAGCUCAGGCCCCGGCUAUCCCUGCUGGGGGAGCCUACUUGAGGAAAGACCCUUCUUCCCAACUCAGGACAGGAGAGCUGGGGGUGGGGGAAGGAGGAGGGGGGACGGGGGAGGACAGGAGUCGGUUAUCUCGUAGUAAUAAUAUUAAUAAUAACCAGACAUUGCUACGAGGAGGAGGAGGAGGAGGGAAAGGGAAGAUAAAAUAGUUUUCCAUCCAGAAUUCACUGCCUUGAGAGAAUGGAUAAGACAGAACGCUGACUGAGCCUGUGUACUCUUACUCAUGCACUCGUUGAGUAUUUCUAUUACUAAAGUACUCAAGAGACUUGUUGGAAAUAAAUACCCAUUCUCCCUCCAACCCACCUCUACUGUACAUUCUCUUCUGGCUGAACUUUGGACUGGUUAUGACUCUAUUUCGUGUUCAUACGGACUUUAUGAUUGCUGUGGAUGUGUUUUAAUGGGACUUGAAACGGAAUUGCAUUGCAUUCAGUGGGCCAGAUGUCGUUCAAAAAUUCUGCUUCUCUGAUCGAGAAAGAAAGUUAGAUUUGGUGGUCCAACUGCUACGUUCAACAUACAGUGAGGGGAAAAAGUAUUUGAUCCCCUGCUGAUUUUGUACGUUUGCCCACUGACAAAGAAAUUAUCCGUCUAUAAUUUUAAUGGUAGGUUUAUUUGAACAGUGAAAGACAGAAUAACAACAACAAAAUCCAGAAAAACGCAUGUCAAAAAUGUUAUAAAUUGAUUUGCAUUUUAAUGAGGGAAAUUAGUAUUUGACCCAUCUGCAAAACAUGACAAACCCUUGUGGGCAAUCACAGAGGUCAGAUGUUUCUUGUAGUUGGCCCCCGAGUUUGCACACAUCUCAGGAGGGAUUUUGUCCCACUCCUCUUUGCAGAUCUUCUCCAAGUCAUUAAGGUUUCGAGGCUGACGUUUGGCAACUCGAACCUUCAGCUCCCUCCACAGAUUUUCUAUGGAAUUAAGGUCUAGAGACUGGCUAGGCCACUCCAGGACCUUAAUGUGCUUCUUCUUGAGCCACUAAUUUGUUGCCUUGGCCGUGUGUUUUGGGUCAUCAUCAUGCUGGAAUAUCCAUCCACGACCCAUUUUCAAUGCCCUGGCUGAGGGAAGGAGGUUCUCACCCAAGAUUUGACGGUACAUGGCUCCGUCCAUCGUCCCUUUGAUGCGGUGAAGUUGUCCUGUCCCUUUAGCAGAAAAACACCCCCAAAGCAUAAUGUUUCCACCUCCAUGUUUGAUGGUGGGGAUAGUGUUCUUGGGGUCAUAGGCAGCAUUCCUCCUCCUCCAAACACGGUGAGUUGAGUUGAUGCCAAAGAGCUCCAUUUUGGUCUCAUCUGACCACAACACUUUCACCCAAUUGUCCUCUGAAUCAUUCAGACGGGCAUGUAUAUGUGCUUUCUUGAGCAGGGGGACCUUGUGGGCGCUGCAGGAUUCUGGGCUGAUUCCUCACCGUUCUAAUGAUCAUGGCAACUCCACGAGGUGAGAUCUUGCAUGGAGCCCCAGGCUGAGGGAGAUGGACAGUUAUUUUGUGUUUCUUCCAUUUGCGAAUAAUCGCACCAACUGUUGUCACCUUCUCACCAAGCUGCUUGGCGAUGGUCUUGUAGCCCAUUCCAGCCUUGUGUAGGUCUACAAUCUUGUCCCUGACAUCCUUGGAGAGCUCUUUGGUCUUUGCCAUGGUGGAGAGUUUGGAAUCUGAUUGAUUGAUUCUGUGGACAGGUGUCUUUUAUACAGGUAACAAGAUGAGAUUAGGAGCACUCCUUUAAGAGUGUGCUCCUAAUCUCAGCUUGUUACCUGUAUAAAAGACACCUGGGAGCCAGAAAUCUUUCUAAUUGAGAGGGGGUCAAAUACUUAUUUCCUUCAUUAAAAUGCAAAUCAAUUUAUAAAAUUUUUGACAUGUGUUUUUCUGGAUUUUUUUGUUUUUAUUCUGUCUCUCACUGUUCAAAUAAACCUACCAUUGAAAUUAUAGACUGAUAAUUUCUUUGUCAGUGGGCAAACGUACAAAAUCAGCAGGGGAUCAAAUACUUUCCCCCCCUCACUGUCGUCUCCUGCACGAUCAAAAACUCAGCCUGUCAGUUUUAGUUUUUUGAAAAAUAACUAGGCUAUUACCUUUCUUGAACACUAACACAGACGGCAUAUAUGAUAUGACAGCAGCCAGGCAGCCAACCAUAGCCACAUACUGGGAGAGGAAUGAUUCUCACCUGAUGUGAGUUGCAUGUUCUGACUGAGAAUAGGCAUGGGAAUCCAUCGCUUUGAACACAGUGUGUCCGGAGUAAAAAAUGUAGUCCAUUAUGGCUGGAAUGCAACGAAAGCAUCAAUAUCAAACACAUGAUACUGUUCUAUUCAUUCCAUUCCAGCUAUUACAAUGAGCCUGUCCUCCAAUUUAAAGCGACACCAGCCUCCACUGAUACGAAGCCAGCAUUGGAGAGCAGUGAGUCUCAGAAUAGGCUUAACUGUGAUGUCUCCAAGGAGAAAACUCUUAAGUUAACACAUGGUACUUUGAUAAGGACCGAAGUGUACAGCAGUAAUGUACUGUAUCUGAACUGAAGCACUGUGGUUGAAUGGAUAGCUAGCAUGUCUGACUUUGAACCUUUUUAGUGUGGCUUUCAAUAGAUCUAGUAAUAUUGGAUACACAGUAUUUCCCUGACUCAAUGCGGGUGUUAAAUGCGAGCUACACAGCAAAUGGGCCAGUGUUACCGAGUGUUGAUUUUUCAGUGUAACAUUUCUAGUGUUGAUUCCGGUGUUAAAUUAAAACUAUUUGGUGUAAUUGAACCCCAGUGUUUGUGUUAAUAACCAGUAUUAAACUAAAACGACGUCCAUUAUUAUCAUAUUUCUGAUAUCUUUGUCUUCCCAACCCGGCAGUCAUUCUCAAUGCAGGUUGCAAGUCAAUAAGAAUUUAAAAUGUUGCAUAUACCCAGUCUGUCUGGAUUCCAAUAGGAAUUACUCAUCACUUUGCAAGCCAUCAUCUUAAUGUGACUUGCAGGCCUGAAAACCAGUUUCAGGCCACUGUAUUGGGCUAAAACAAGGCCCUCAAAAUAAAGCCUUAUUAAAAACUUGUUGUAUUGUGUUAAAUAAUACAAUUUUAAUCUUCACAUUUUCGCUUUGGAUCUCACUAAAUGGAUGAAUGCAACAACCAUGUCUCUGUCACAAACAAUUACAGUUAUAGGCAAGGCACUCUGGGAAAUAUGGAAAUAAGGCUGUACACUAAGCAGUGUGCUAAUUUAACACUGAAAAGUGUGGACCCGCAUAGACACUGGACCAGUGGCCUCACAUUAAUUAGUGGAUUUGAGGGUUAUACUAUCAUUCAAAUGAAAGCCAACCUCAAUGUGAGGUGGUGAUUCACUGAAAUUGUCCAGUCCAAAUAGUGCUGUUUACUUUUCCUUAUUGGCCAAUGGCCAUCUACCGAAAUAAACGUUAUCAAUAAAGUUGAUAAAUGGCUGUGAAAAGUUGCCAUCUAUCGACAUAUAUGUAGUAUACCCAUAUUCAUUGAGGUUUGUCUGUUAGAAAAGCACAGACAGUACAUGUCUCUGCGGUUGUUGUCCCACUUCCAUUGAUUUCAAUACAAUAUCGAUGUGAGCGAUUAAUUUGCGCUUGAUAUUGAGUACAGUAAAACAAGCUAAUCAAUUCCAGUCUUGAGAACAAGAUUGGUAAAUGUUGGUCAGUGUGCAGUUCAUAAGGUACUUAUUUAGCAGUCAUCUGAACACAAGUGUGACACAUAUGUAGGGAGUAACUUUUAUGUAUUGGUCUUCAAAAUAUCACAAUGUAUUUCAACAUAUUGAUUAUGAAUUUGGACAUCAAAAACCAAUUUGGCCAUGAGUCAAAAAGCCAUGACAACAGGAAGCAGCAACAGUAUAAUUUUAAAUGUUUAACAUUAUUUUUCAGGAUUAUACAUUGUCAGGUAAAAGCAAUAAAAAAUGAGCCCAAAAACAUGCUAUGAUUUAUUGAUUUUGAUGAUAUUAGUGGAAUUGUGAUCAUAUAUUAAAUACAUAUACUGUACAUCAUGUGUGUACAUACAUUGGCUUGCAAAAAUAUGGCCUUUUCCUAUUUUGUUGCCUUACAAGCUGUAAUUAAAAUAGAUUUUGGGGGGUUUGUAUCAUUUCAUUUCACACAACAUGCCGACCACUUUGAAGAUGCAAAAUAUUUUUUAUUGUGAAACAAAGAAGAAAUAAGACAGAAAAAUGAAUAUUUGAGCAUGCAUAACUAUUCACCCACCUCAAAGUCAAUACUUUGUAGAGACACCUUUUCCAGCAAUUACUGAUGCAAGUCUCUUGGGGUAUGUCUCCUUAAGCUUGGCACAUCAAGCAACUGGGAUUUUUGCCCAUUCUACAAUGCAAAACUGCUCCAGCUCCGUCAAGUUAGAUGGGUUCCGCUGGUUUACAGCAAUCUUUAAGUCACUUCACAGAUUCUCAAUUGGAUUGAGGUCAGGGCUUUGACUAGGCCAUUCCAAGACAUUAAAAUGUUUCCCCUUAAACCACUUGAGUGUUGCUUCAGCAGUAUGUUUAGGGUCAUUGUCCUGCUGGUAGGUGAACCUCCGUCCCAGUCUCAAAUCUCUGGAAGACUGAAACAAGUAUCCCUCAAGAAUGUCCCUGUAUUUAGCGCCAUCCAUUAUUCCUUUAAUUCUAACCAGUUUCCCAGUCCCUGCCGAUGAAAAACAUCCCCACAGCAUGAUGCUACCACCACCAUGCUUCACUGUGGGGAUGAUGUUCUCGGGAUGAUGAGAGGUGUUGGGUUUGCACCAGACAUAGUGUUUUCCUUGAUGGUCAAAAAGCUAAAUUUUAGUCUCAUCUGACCAGAGUACCUUCUUCUAUAUGUUUGGGGAGUCUCCCACAUGCCUUUUGGCGAACACCAAACGUGUUUACUUGUUUUUUUCUUUAAGCAAUGGCUUUUUUUCUGGACACUCUUCGGUAAAGCCCAGCUCCGUGGAGUGUAUGCCUUAAAGGUGUCUAAUGGACAGAUACUCCAAUCUCCACUGUGGAGCUUUGCAGCUCAUUCAGAGUUAUCUUUGGUCUCUUUGUUGCCUGUCUGAUUAAUGCCCUCCUUGCCUGGUCUAUGAGUUUUGGAGGGUGGCCCUCUCUUGACAGGUUUGUUAUGGUGCCAUAUUCUUUCAAUUUUUUUAAUAAUUGAUUUAAUGGUGCUCAGUGGGAUCUUCAAAGUUUCUGAUAUUUUUGAAUAACCAAACCCUGAUCUGUACUUCUCCACAACUUUGUCCCUGACCUGUUUGGAGAGCUCCUUGGUCUUCAUGGUGCCGCUUGGUUGGUGGUGCCCCUUGCUUAGUGGUGUUGCAGACUCUGGGGCCAUUCAGAACAGGUGUAUAUAUACUAUUUUGUGUAUGUCCAUUACAUGAAAUCCAAAUAAAAAUCUAUUUAAAUUACAGGUUGUAAUGCAUCAAAAUAGCCAAGGAGGAUGAAUACUUUUGCAAGGCACUGUACAUAUACAGUACAUUUAACACACAGAUACUUGCGCUCGCACACAUGCACACACUGUACUCCGUCAUGCUUGACAGCUUAAGUGUGAGUCAUGGAAGCUCAUUGAAAGGCACUCUCACAGGUCCCAGUGGUCCAGCCAGCCAGGCAGCGCAAGUGGUGUCAGGUGACCAUGGAGCGCAUAUAAAGUUACGUCAUAUGCUGGUGUGGAAAUGAAUGGUAGCCCGGGCCAUAUGUAUCAAGCGUCUCAAAGUGUUUUAUCAUUUAGAUCAUACUUAAUCAGAUCAUUGUGGACAGGGAGGACCUGAUCCUAGAUCAGCACUCCUACUCUGAGACUAGAUAAAUACGGGCCCAGAUCUGUCUCUGCUAUCUAGCCAGUCCUAUGAUCGUAACUCACAAACAUAGGAGUUGGCUGUACAGCACAAAUUGAUCUGGGACCAGGCAAUAGCAAUGCCUCUAAGUACCAGGAUGUCAAUAUUGAUUAAAUAUAAUAAUCAAUAAUCAGUAUAAAACGUGUACACAAAGGUACAAAUGUCUUUGGCAGAACAAGCUGUGAUUUUUGUAGAGAAUCUGUGACUGUCUGGAAAUUUCUAAGUAAUCUUUUAAACAAUAUCGGUGGUGUCUAUGGCUAACAACAUUUAUGAUCAAAAUAGGCCCAUGUUCAGUAGAAAACUGAAGAAAUUGUCUUGAAAUGGAGGAGGCACUACCAGAACUUGUCCAAUGAAAACACAAAUUUCCGUUUCAAAAUGUUUUCUGUUUUCAGGGAAUAACUGAAAUAUGUUUUAAAAUGUAUUUUCACUGUUUGAUUCAAAACGUGCAUAGAAUGUGGAAGUUAAAACAACUGCUAUCUCUUUCACUGUGUCUAUCUAUCUGCAUUUUCUAUGUUUUACAUCCUUAUGAACUACAGUUAUGGCGUGUGUAUUAACCUAGAGCCCAUUUCGCUGCCUCCAUGUUUGUUUAUUUUUUGUAGUUUUUGAAUGUCUUGAUCAAGAGUCACGGAGAUGGAGGUUUUAACAGAAAAAGAAGAUGUUGAUUGUUCAAGAACAUGUAAUCAUUUUUAACAUGUUACAAAAUCCAUUACAAACUCAAUUAAAUGUACCAUCCAGGAACAACAACCAUUUCACAAACAAACACUAAUAAAACAGCUAUUUCUUGCCUUAGAAAACAGUACAUUUCGGAAAAAGGGCUUUAAAAACGAUAGCUUGCUGUAUUUAUCGUUACUUUUAAAAAAACUAUUGUUGUAUAUAUUGUAUUUAUUUUAAGGUAUGUUCAUUUUCAAAACAUUCAAGAGCCAACGGAAAACAUACACACAUUGAUACACCAUUUAAUUAUGUUGAUUAUCCCAAUUAUUAUUAUAAUAUUAACAAUAUUACACAUUAAUACAAAAAUACAAAACAUUUAUGGUACUUGACCCAAGUUAUUACAAGUUUAUGAAAUAUUGAUGCAUUAAAAGAAUGGCAGGAAUGCAACUACACAGACACACACACACACAGUGGUGGAAAAAGUACCCAAUUGUCAUAGUUGAAUAAAAGUAAAGAUACCUUAAUCGAAAAUAAAAGUGAAAGUCACCCAAUAAAAUACUACUUGACUAAAAGUCUAAAAGUAUUUGGUUUUUAAAUAUAAAUACAAAAGUAAAUGUAAUUGCUAAAAUAUACAGUACCAGUCAAAAGUUUGCACACACCUACUCAUUCAAGGGUUUAUCUUUGUUUUUACUAUUUUGUACAUUGUAGAAUAAUAGUGAAGACAUCAACUAUGAAAUAACACAUAUGGAAUCAUGUAGUAACCAAAAAAGUGUUAAACAAAGCAAAAAAUAUUUUAUAUUUGAGGUUCUUCAAAGUAGCCACCCUUUGCCUUGAUGACAGCUUUGCACACUCUUGGCAUUCUCUCAACCAGCUUCACCUGGUAAAAGUGUCACACCCUGCUCUGUUUCACCUGUCUUUGGGCUUGGCUCCACCCCCCUCCAGGUGUCGCACAUCUUCCCCUAUUAUCCCCUGUGCAUUUAUACCUAUGUUCUCUGUUUGUCUGUUGCCAGUUUGUCUCGUCAAGCCUACCAGCGUGUUUUUCAGAACAGUUUCUUUGAGCCUGUUUUCUAGUUUUCCUGGUUUUUGAUCAUUUUGCCUGCCCUGAGCCUGCCUGCAGUUCUGUACCUUUUGCCUCUGCCCUGGAUUACUGACCUCUGCCUGCCCCGACCCUGAGCCUGCCGCUCUGCUCUGUACCUUAUGAACUCUGCCCUGGACUACCAACCCCUACCAACCACAUUUCCUUUUUUUUUAAUGGAUAUCCAGGGGUACACUCCAACACUCAAACAUAAUUUACAAACUAAGAAUUUGUGUUUAGCGAGUCCCCCAGAUUAGAGGCAGUAGAGAUGACCAGGGAUGUUCUCUUGAUAAGUGUGUGAAUAGGACCAUUUUCCUGUCCAGUUAAACAUUCAAAAUGUAAUGAUUACUUUUGGGUGUCAGGGAAAAUGUAUGGAAUGUAAGUGAAGUAAAAGUAUAGAAAGGUUUGUAAAAAAGUUGUACUUUAAAAUAUUUUUACUUAAGUACUUUACACCACUGCACACACACACAAACACACACACACACAAUGCACAUUACAAGCAGUGCACAAAUUUAUAUACUGACAAUAUUGUAAGAAAGUUUCAUUUUGUUGCUCAAAACAUGUUUACAAAUAGAAGUGAUGGGAUUACUACUUUCAAGUAGCUUUGGAGGCAGCUCUGCCUGCCAGACUGAUGUUUAACCAACUCUGGAUUGAGUAGGUUAAACAUCAUCCUUGGAGGCUGAACUGCCUCACAGGCUAGUCUGAAGGCAUAUUUCUCGCUUGUGCAGAUUGCUAUAGUACUGUGAUAAUAAUACUUUUCUGUUGACCUCUCCACUAUUGACUUGAUGGGACUAUUGACUUAAUUCUGUUUGAGAAUGAAUGGUACUGUACACUACUGAAAUAAAGGGUUCUUGUCUCAUGUCGAGUUGAAGCAUACUCACCUGGAAUCAUGGAAUCUUCUUUUCUCUUUUUUCAAUUUUUUUUUCUCACUGCCAUUCAAAAAAACAUUAAAUGGGCAUCAUUCUUGAAAGUGGAAUAAGGUCUUGAAACAUUGAAAUGUAAACUUAAAUACAUUGUCCCUCCACCAUUGAGUAUUAUUGAUUGAAUUGAUAUCAUUAUGAUUUAAUACAUUUGUAUGGGUAAACCAAGAAAAUAUUUCCUAGGGUAAACAAAAGUACUUCUCUAAGCCUAAAAUGUAUUAAAAAAAAAAAA